CUCGGGGAUAGCGAGAGGACUCACCAGUCGCAGCUCAAACAGCAGAGCAGAUCGUAUAGCUCAGUAGCUCGUAGCAUCAGCGGCUGCUACAGAGCGUUAAGCACACAGCUCUGCAACUCCCUCAACCAACUGUUACGAUUAGCUAGCUCCCAUAUGGCCAGCUACUUCGUCGCGCAGCUCAAGGACAUGUUCUUCGGGCUCGUCGAUCGCGUCACGGGCUAUGGCUGGAGCGAAAGCCAGGAUGGUGCAGGUGCACAAGAUGAACCCACCAAGUUGGCAUCUGCAGAGGUCUCUCCGACUGAAGAGGAGGUGACUGUGGUACAGAACAUUCAGAUCAGACCAAGGAGCAGCGCGGAUCCAUUCGUGUCAGGUGGCACGAAGCCUCAGGUUAACUGACAUGAUCAAGGGACCUAUAGAGAUUAGUCGCAGUCGCAGACUGACUCUAUACGGUGUGCUUGCAUGCUUACAUGGCCUUAGAAGGAGAUGUCCGCUGGUGUUUUUAACUUUUCAAGCAAGGAUGUGUAUCACAGUCCUUUUUCCGUUAUGUAUUUUGAUCAGAGCGUGUUCGACCUCUUAGUUUGUAACCUCUGUAUGAGUGUGUGAGCUUGUUGUCAACUUGUCAUGUUUUGUUGGCUCAUGGUCGAGCUUGGUAUUAGGUUCUCAUUGUCUGUAUCAUGCAUGUUUGUUGAUCAAACUUGCAGUGUUCGUUCCUAAAGCAUGCAUUAAUCAGUUCGGUCCUUCCUUCAGUUUAAA